AAUGCACUGUGGGAUUUGGCUUCUUCCAAAAUCAUAAAGAAAAAUCACAAUUACAGAUGAACUGAAGUGCUGUCAAUAAAAGUCAAAACAUUUCGUGGGCAAACAGGAACGAUGGACGCCCUCGAAACAAAACCACAAAUCUGCAACAUUCCAGAAACCAAAAUUCAGCCCGUAGAAAUCGAGAUACUGCCCGUGGUGUACGACAUUAUCCGAAGUGUUGAGAAGGAUCCGAUAGAUAACACCGCGAAACAAAAGGAAAGUGCCGAGUGCAGCCAUAAGGUCACUGAGCUUCAAAAAACACUCGACGCAGCACGAUCAACCAUCCGCAAGCUGCACGGGAUCGAGUACAGCAAGGAGGAGCAGCUGCGACGGCUCGAAAGUUUGCGCAAACAGCUCGCCCUGAAGCAGCAGCUGAUCAAGAAGUACAAGAACGUCCAGUUCUAGAAGCCCGAACCCGCCGCCCCGAACCGCUCUCGCGAUGGUGCUGCAACUGAUUCUGCGAUACCUGGCCAACAACGAGCAGCUGAUCCAGCGGUUGGCCGACUCGUACCCGCUGCGCAGGGCCGCCCAGAUGGUGCUGAGCGCGUACUAUCGCAGUCGCUCCAUUGCCGAGCAGCAGAAGCUGAUCGGAAUGUCGCCGGAGCGGUUGCAGCAGGCGUUGCGAAGCUUCAAGUCGAACGUGCAGAAGGAGAUCGAAAAUGCGAAGAAUGAUUUGGGCAAGAAAAAGUGAAGUGAGCGCGCGUUCCAGCGCGGAUGCGCAUACUAGAGACAAGCGAAGAGAAAGGGUGGGUGUAUAAACUGUGCCGUGCUUCAAUGUAAUUAAAAUUUAUUUUUAUUUGUCGAAAA